AUGAAUGUUAUCAAAGAGAAAAUUGACAGCUUCAAUCAUAUCAUCACACCUCCAGCUUCUUUUGAUGCAAACACCGGAAGUGUUAUUGCAGUGUCUGGUUUUCUAGCUUUGUUUUCAUUCAUAGAAUUUCUCAUUUCAAUUGUUGCUGCAGCACAUUGCUGUUGUUGUUCACAGCUCAAUACGGGAAAUCAACAAAGAGUCAUAUUUAUCAACACAUCACAAUCUGGAAUGAUAGAUAACAUGCCAAACACCCAGAUACCUACAGGGAACCAGCAAGGAUACCAUCAAAUGUGGAUGCCACAAAUGCAAGGAUAUUAUGUUCAACAGCCGACAAAUAUGGCAAUAAACCAACAACAUGCAGAUCAUUCCAAUAGAAAUCAGAUGCCAAUACAGGGAUACUAUGGUCAACAGCCGGCAAAUAUACCACAUUACCAACAACAAGAAGGUCAUUUACAAGGGAAUCAGAUACCAAUACAAGGAUACUAUAUGCAGCAACCCCAAUCAUUUGAGAUGGCCAACCAGCAACUAAACAUAAACAAUGAGCAGUUUCUUCACCCAACUGCACCUGUUGUAGAAACAAAUCAACCAUUCCCUCUAACUGACAAUUCUGUUAGAAGCGAAAUAUAGUUA